AGUGGUGAAACUGUUGUGUAUAUAAGCUCGACGAUCGCCAUGCAAAAUCAACAUUCUAGCAACAAUCAGCAAUUGUACAACAUGGCAUUCAAGUUUACCAGCGCUGUGCUUCUCCUGGCUGCCAUUGCAGCUGUGGCUCUGGCGGAGCCAGCGGCUCGUCUGCGCAGCCGUUCAUCCCGAUUUAGGUUGGCUCGCCAGGAGGCCGCUCCACCGGCAUCGGCAGAUGAUCCAGCAGUAGACAUUGCACCAACGCCAGCUUCAGCGCCGUAUCCACCUGCUGGUGUCACGCCUGCCAUUGCCUUUGACCUGCCCACCGAGACGGAGACAGAGGCGCAGCCAGAUCUGACCUAUGGCCCACCAGACAACACCUAUGGUCCACCUGCAGAGCCAGACAACACCUACGGUCCACCUGCCGAGCCCGACAACACCUACGGUCCACCAGCUGACGCUGCAGCUGAUCAGGCUGAUCUGGAGCCAAUAGAUGCGGACCCAGCAUCUGAGCCCAUUCCCGCUCGCCUGAUUCAACAGCGCAACGGACGUCUGCGUCGUCGUCGUCCUGUGGCAGAGAAACUGCGCUCCACUCAGAUCAUUCGCUCCCAGCCUAUUCUAGUCUACACCAUCUAAGGAUUGUAUUUACACGAAUCUUUUUUA